AUGUUCAACUUCAAUAGAACCCUAAUCUAUUUCAAGACCUUAACUUCACCACUAAACCCUAAUCCUCUUCUCCACCACUACCCAUCACUAUUUUCUCUCCAUUUCUGCACUAAAACUUCCGAUUCAACCUCCUUUGCAGAAUCCUACCUCAUCCACAAUUUCAAUUUCUCCCCACAAUUUGCUGCCAAACUUUGCUUCACCCACCGUCUUCGAUUCAAAACCACCCAAAAACCUGACUCUGUUUGCAAAUUCUUCACAAACCACGGUUUCUCAGACACCCAACUUCACAAUAUGAUUACCAAGGUACCUGACCUACUUUCCUGCAACCCCUCCAAAAGGGUGUUACCAAAGUUUCAAUUUUUACUCUCCAAAGGUGCUUCCAACUCCGACAUUGUUAACCUUGUCACUAAGAGCCCUAGACUCUUGUCUCCUAGCUUGAAGAAUCAUAUAGUCCCAACCUAUGAAUUGGUUUAUAGAUUCUUGCAAUCAGACAAGGAAAUUAUUGCGUGUGCCUUUCAGAAUCCAGAUUUACUCUGUGCUCAUCUUGUGCCGCGUAACAUUACAAUGCUGAUUGAGAAUGGAGUGUCGGACUCGAAUAUUGCAAGAGUGCUUCGGAUUCAGAGUCGGAUAUUCAAGGUACGUGACAUGCUGAAGUUUGUGGAGGAAGUGAAGAAUUUGGGGUUUGAUCCUUCGAAAAUAAUUUUCUCAAUAGCGUUGAUUGCUAAAACAUCGGUAAGCAAAAACUUGUGGGAGAAAAAAGUUGAAGCCUUUAAGAUGUGGGGUUGGUCGGAUGAAGAUGCUUUUGAAGCAUUUAGGAAGAAACCUUAUUGUAUGUUAACUUCUGUUGAUAAAAUAAACUCAGUGAUGAGGUUUUGGGUAAAUCAGUUGGGUUGGGAUGCUAUGGCCAUUGCCAGAGCUCCGUAUAUUUUAUCAUUAAGUUUGGAAAAAAGGAUCAUUCCCAGGGUCGCUGUUGUGCAGUUUCUUCUUAGUAAAGGUUUGACAAAUAAGAAUGCAAGCUUAACUUAUCCGUUGGUAGUGUCUGAGAAGAUGUUUCUGGAUAUGUUUAUAAAACGUUUUAAGAAUGAGUCUUCUUAUCUAUUAAAGUUGUAUGAGGAAAAACUCAAUCCUGCAUACACCAGGGACAACAAGACUUGCAUGCUGUGA